ACGGAGCUCCAGCACCAACCCACAUACCCACAGACACGCCAACAACUCACCAGCAACCUCAAGACAGAGGCCGGAAAUUGAGGCGCAAAGGAAGGAAGCAGAGCAAAGUCUUCUCUUCGCCUCCGCGUCUUACGAGAGAAACAAGUCUUCGGUUCUUCAUUCCCACAGCAAAUGGAGAAGGCAGGACAUCAGCAUGUGAUCGGCAUCCCAGUGAGCAGCACUGCUAUCGGCAUCGAGGAGCCCGAGUUCACCAGCGAUGGAGCUACCUAUGUCGACGGCGAUGCCAAGUAUUCGACGAGCGCGCGUACCGGCGGCAAAUCAGGCAGGGCAGGGGACAAGUUCGCUCGAGGAAUCAGAGAACAUGUGACUCUCGGCCCAAAACUGUACGAGACCGUGAGGGGCAAGCUCUCGCUGGGCGCGAGAAUCCUCCAGGCCGGCGGCGUGGAGAACGUCUUCCGGCGGUGGUUCUCCGUGGAGAAGAAAGAAAAGCUCGUCAACGCCUCGCAGUGCUACCUGUCGACCACCGCCGGCCCGAUCGCCGGGAUGCUCUUCGUAUCCACGGAGAGGGUGGCCUUCCGCAGCGACCGGUCGCUGGCGCUGACGUCGCCCAAGGGCGACACGGUGCGGGUGCCGUACAAGGUGGCCGUCCCGCUGCGGAGGGUGAAGGCGGCCAGGCGGAGCGAGAACCAGCACCGGCCGGAGCAGAAGUACGUCCAGCUGGUCACCGACGACGGCUUCGAGUUCUGGUUCAUGGGCUUCGUCAGCUACCAGGCGUCCCUGCAGCACCUCGAGCAGGCCAUCGCGGAGUCGCACCUCUGACCCCAUCAAUUGAUCAAAGAAGCGUACGCGCUAUGUGUCUUGUGUUGUGUGGUCUGGUUUGAUCCGUUGUGCAUAGGUAAGUAGGGUUCCACGGUGGAUUGCUUGUCGUUUUUGGCAUUGGAGCAAGUCCGGUAUACUUAAAUGGUAGGAGAAAUUUAAUUUAGGGCGUGAAAAUUUCUUCAUGUUGAAGAAGUACUGUAUGUAUGAAUGGUACAGUCGCCACGGCAAAAGUGCCAUCAUAAACGUGUGGUAUGCACUAGUUCAGUGAGAAAAAACACGAAUUGUUUGUUCCACUUC